AUGAAUCCUACCACAAAUAAUUAUCAGAACACAACCACCAACCCGCAACCCCACCAUCAUUACCAGCAGAAUUAUUCCAAUCAUCAGCAUCAGCCUGGAGGUAUUACCACUACGAGCAGCAACAGCAGCAGCGGGAUACUCACCUCUUCAACAGCUCCACUUCUAGUCUCUCACCAAUCUUCUCAUCACAAUUAUCCAUCCUCAUCCUCAUCGCUACACUAUCCUCCUCAUCAUCAUCCACGAGGAGUUCCAUCGGUUGUAUCAUCAGCAGCUCAACAACCACAUCAUUCAACAAUUCCAACAAUCACUCCUAACCACCAUCUUCCACAAAACCAUCAACAUCCGUCCUUUGCCAUUCCAACUUCCUCUCAACCACAACAACAACCACCACAAACAAAUUCCAACCAAACCUCACCAUCUGUCUCACAACAACAAAACGGAAAUUUCAAUACUCUCAAUCACAACAACAUGAGUAACAACAAUUCUGCAGAACCCAAACUGCGUGUCUAUAACUCACUUCUCAAAACUCCAGAAGGGAUAUUUACCAUGGAUUCAGCAAGCUUAACUUGUGAACCACAUGGCUUCAAACCGAAUGAUCGACGUGGAGCACCACAAACCACACAUAGUGUCUAUGUGAGUGAUGUUUUAGUGGUGAGCUGUGAUUUGAUGAGUGGUAACAAUCAUCAACCUGGAAUAUUUCAAAACUGCACAGCAAGAUUGGUUCAUUUGUUGGGCAACAAUGGUGGUACAGGCAAUACAACAACAUCAUCAAAACGAAAGAAGAAGAAAGAUGGAGGUAGUGGUGCUCUUGAUAACGAAAAUGAUGACACCAAUGCUGCUGAUGAUUUGGGAUCGGAGGAUGAACAAAACGAUGACUCACAAAAGAAAAAGUCAAAGAAAAAGAACAAGAAAAAGGAUCAAGAUGAUUUAAGUGAGGAUUUUCAGGCGACCGAUUUCACACAAGCAGGGAUGUUGGAAUCAUUCGAAUUACUCUCAGAACAACCAUGCCAGGAAAAUAUGCAAAAAGGUAAAAUCAUUGCAUCUCUUAAAGUUCCUAGAGUGAGAGGCCGAGAUUGCAAGACCAAGACAGGUCAAGUUCAAGUCAUUCGAUUCAAAGGAAAUCCAGAAAUGGAACAAAUUAUCGCAGUGAGUGACCUAUUUUGGAUACGGUCAAGAACAAGAACUGAGAUGGAAGUUAGAAAAUUGAAAAAGCAAUCUGCUUCAUCGUCCUUAUCUUCUAACAUGCAUGAAAGUAAUAGCACUCUACAACAACAGCAAGUAGCAUUGAAUUGGCCCAAUGUUGUCAAAUCUACUACUGCUUCUCCCUCUAACGACUCCUCGCCCAACAAUAACAAUUCCUCAGAACAACUUCCUCCCAAGAAAAGACGUGGAAAUUCUAGCCCAGUCAAUGUUCCUUCUGCCACAACAACAACAAGCAAUAACAUCACAAAGGAACUCCCAAGUCCAUAUAGAGUGGGUAUUGGUCAUUUUCCUUCCUCACAUCACAACAUGUACCAUCAUCAUGCACAUCACUCAAAUAAUGCAGUAGUGGCUAGUGGACAUCCUUCACACUUUCCAAUAUCGAAUGUUCUCAAUAACACAACGACUCACUACAUGACGUCCCACCCUCCUCCUCAUCACAUGACCACAACAGCAGACCAACAUCUUGCUGCUUCUUCUGCGCAUCAUUCCUAUGGCAGACCUGAACAACAACAGCAAGAUCAAUACGAAGAAUUGAAACAACGCAUACACUAUUUGGAGGAUAAAGUUCACGAGUUGGAGCAAAUAAUAUUGAGAUAUGGAAUGUCAAAACAAUCUCAUCAACAACAACCAUCCACUUCUCCAUCGUCCGUUACACUUCAAAUGCCACCACUAGUGCCUUCACAAGCUCAUUCCGUACAAUCAACAUCAACAGCACAACAACAUCAGCUACCUCCUCAUACUCUUCAUGAAAUGCUGCACACCUCACCGAAUGUUGACCGUUUAUUCCUCUCCACCCCGAAAACAUCAUCAGGAAGUAGCAGUGCUGCCUCUGUGGGAGAUACAACGACACCAACACCGACCAAUCCCUCCUCUAUUGUUUUCAAACCUUUCCCCAUUGACAUGUUCAGCCAAGACAUUCCAAAAGUGCAAACGAACGACUCUAAAAAGAAACGCCAAGUCUCCCCAGUAUUCCGUCGAUUAUUCAAAAUGUGGAGUCACAAAACAGUACCCCUAGUGUUUUCAAGAUAUUCGAUAGCUCAGAUCCAAUUUUCCCUAUUUCUAACACUCCCUUCCUUAGUAAGGAUCCAAAUAAUUAUUCUUCACCCAAUAUUUUACAAUCCUUCUCUCAACCUAAAGAAGAGGAACAGAAAUGAGGUUUUGAUACCAUGUCAUGCUUAUAUCUCUCCAUUUUCUUAA